AUGGAUGGUACCUUGAUAGGAAAUAAACAUAUAGUUGCAAUAUCUAUUAACUGUAUUGAAGGUGGUCGUCAAUGUCAAACAGCAACAAACCUUGUUCCUCUAGGUCUUUUUGAGGUUCAGAAAGAAAACACUGAAUUGUUACGUAAAACCUUACCUGUAGAAUUCAUUAAUGAUAUUAAAUCAGUUAAGCACAUUUCUAUAGGAGGAAAAGAUAUUGAUAUUCGUGUUCGAUUAGGUGGUGAUUUGAUGAAUGCAGUCUAUGUGUUUGGACUUGCUGGAUUUAGCUCUAACUACCCAUGCAUCUUUUGUACUCAACAUAAAGAUGAUCUUCACGUAACUGAAGAUACAGCCUAUGAUAAAAAUAUUACUGAAGGAAAGGGAAUAAAUAAGAAUACAGUAACUGUCCGUGUUGGUCCUACUUCUUACCAUGAUCCAGCUAAACGAGCACGAUCUCUUGCUUAG